AUGGUAGUGUAUCCUGCGUUGGUAGCUAGCGCUUAUUCCACAAUCCGACUGCUUCGCGACGUGUUGGGUUGUGAACUACCAAUCGAGAUCUGGUUUUCUCCCGACGAAAUGCGGAAAACCCCGGGGUCACUUAAACCGCUGCAGACACUAAAUGAAAACACAACUACUGGCAACUUGACACUUCGUGAGAUCAAUACGAACGGCAGACCCAUUCGGUUUGAGGCAAAGAUAUACGCGAUUUAUCACAGCAAUUUCGAACAAGUGCUGUUUCUGGACGCCGACAACGCCCCAGUGAGAGAUCCAACUUCUCUAUUCGAAACACCCGAGUUUGUGAAAAUGGGCGCCAUCUUUUGGCCCGAUUAUUGGCAUCCACAGAACACGAUGUUCUAUAUCAACUCGGAAUCCCUCGUCUGGCAAUUAUUGGACAUGCCUUUUGUCGAUAUGUUCGAACAAGAAAGCGGUCAGAUUCUCAUCGAUCGUCGUCGACACGCAGCACCACUCCACCUCGUAUCAUUCUAUGCAUUCCAUCGACCCAAUUACUUUCAGCUUCAGCGACUUGCGUGGGGUGACAAGGAUCUAUUUCGCUUCGCGUGGUUGAAGCUCGAGGUUCCAUUCUUCAUGAUCCAAACUCCGCCUUCUAUUGCCGGUACAGUGAUCGGUAGGUCCUUUUGCGGAAUGACAAUGGUGCAGCAUGACACCAAGGGCGAGGUGCUCUUCCUGCAUAGAAACCAACGCAAGUUGAUGGGGAAACUUCACCCUAAACUGAGUGAAGCGCUAGACAAAAAGUUAUCUCUGGUUGGUAUCGAAGCUUUGCUGGACGAUGGCUACCCGGAUCCUGAAAUCUGGACGCACUUGCUGUCCUUCCGGAACACGUCGGCCCGUUCAGAGUAUAUUGUAAAGGGUGAGAACCUACCGGGGUUUCCAAAAUGGCAGCGUUGCUAUGGUCGCGGUGAUCUGGAUCGGAACCCACACUUUUACGCUAAGAAGAUCUCGGAUCUGAGCUUUGGAGAAAUAGAAAAGCAUUUACGUAGAUAUGCACUCGAGGCCGUCAAACUUCAGCAGCACAAAUGA